AUACAGCGAGCAAGCAGUGUCGAGCAAGCAGUAUGCAAGCAGCGUGCGAGAAGCGUUCAGAAGAGAUUCAGAGCAUUCGAGUCGCUAAGCUAGAGCAAACAGCGAGCAAGCAGUAUGCAAGCAGCGUGCGAGAAGCGUUCAGAAGAGAUUCAGAGCAUUCGAGUCGCUAAGCUAGAGCAAACAGCGAGCAAGCAGUAUGCAAGCAGCGUGCGAGAAGCGUUCAGAAGAGAUUCAGAGCAUUCGAAUCGCUAAGCUAGAGCAUACAGCGAGCAAGCAGUAUCGAGCAAGCAGUAUGCAAGCAGCAUGCGAGAAGCGUUCAGAAGAGAUUCAGAGCAUUCGAAUCGCUAAGCUAGAGCAAACAGCGAGCAAGCAGUAUCGAGCAAGCAGUAUGCAAGCAGCGUGCGAGAAGCGUUCAGAAGAGAUUCAGAGCAUUCGAGUCGCUAAGCUAGAGCAUACAGUGAGCAAAAAUAGCGAGCAAGCAGUAUGCAAGCAGCGUGCGAGAAGCGUUCAGAAGAGAUUC